AUGAAUACUUUAGCAGAACUUCUACUGGUAGAGUUUAUACUGGCAGAACUUCUACUGGUAGAGUUUAUACUGGCAGAACUUCUACUGGUAGAGUUUAUACUGGCAGAACUUCUACUGUUUCCCUCAAAAUUGAAUACUUUAGCAGAACUUCUACUGGUAGAGUUUAUACUGGCAGAACUUCUACUGGUAGAGUUUAUACUGGCAGAACUUCUACUGGUAGAGUUUAUACUGGCAGAACUUCUACUGUUUCCCUCAAAAUUGAAUACUUUAGCAGAACUUCUACUGGUAGAGUUUAUACUGGUAGAACUUCUACUGGCAGAACUUCUACUGGUAGAACUUCUACUGGUAGAGUUUAUACUGGCAGAACUUCUACUAGUAAAGUUUCUACUGGUAGAACUUCUACUGGCAGAAUUUCUACUGGUUAUAUAUGGUGUCAAUUUUUUAAAAAAUUUUGAAUUCAAUGAGUUAUAUCAAAAAUAA